AGACGUAGUCGUCCGGGUGGGAGGCGCCGUAACCAGGACAAGUAUUGUGAACACGCUACCUCUAUGUGACAUUUAUGAUUUUCCGUCCGCGCGGACCUUAUGUGAGAGAGUUAAUCAUAAGCAUCACAGGUCAUGGAUCUCAGUGUCAGCAAACUCGCACAGAGGUUGACUGUAGCGGGCCAGUCUCACCUUCUGCAGUUCUGGGAUGAGCUGAGCCCCGAGCAGCAAGCUGAACUGACCCUUGCCCUGCAAGGAAUGGACUUUCAAGAGAUCAAUGGCUUCUUCAAGAGCGCCAUGGAGACGUCCAGCAGCAGCAAACAGGAAAAGAUGGACGCCCGCAUGGAACCAGUGCCUCGAGAGGUGCUAGGGAGUGUGACGAGGGACAAGGAGAGUCUGAAAGACUGGGAGCAAACAGGUCUUCACCAAAUCUCUCAGAGCAAAGUGGCAGUUUUGCUGCUGGCUGGAGGCCAAGGAACCAGACUAGGAGUCUCUUACCCUAAAGGCAUGUAUGAUGUGGGGCUUCCGUCACACAAAACCCUCUUUCAGAUCCAGGCUGAACGCAUUCUGAAGCUACAACAGCUGGCUGAGCAGAAGCACAACGUCAAGUGCUGUAUUCCCUGGUACAUUAUGACCAGUGGGAGAACGAUGGAGUCGACAAAGGACUUCUUCUCACGGCAUAAAUACUUUGGCUUAGACAAGAACAACAUCGUCUUCUUUCAACAGGGCAUGCUUCCAGCCAUGGACUACAAUGGCAAGGUCAUCCUGGAGAACAAAGGAAAGCCCUCCAUGGCUCCUGAUGGGAAUGGUGGUCUUUACAGAGCUCUGGGGAACCAGGGCAUCAUUGACGAAAUGGAGCAGAGGGGGAUCCAGUUCAUCCAUGUGUACUGUGUGGAUAAUAUCCUGGUCAAAGUGGCUGACCCCGCCUUUGUUGGUUUCUGUGUGCAGAAGGGAGCGGACUGUGGAGCUAAGGUGGUGGAGAAAACCAAUCCUACAGAGGCAGUGGGUGUUGUCUGCAAAGUGGAUGGGCUUUACCAGGUGGUGGAGUACAGUGAAAUCACACUAGCGACGGCUGAGAAGCGCAGUGCUGAUGGUCGACUGAUGUUCAACGCAGGAAACGUGGCCAAUCACUUCUUCAGCUUUUCCUUCCUCAAAGACAUAGUAGAGAAGUACGAGCCACAGCUGCAGCACCAUGUGGCCCAGAAGAAGAUCCCAUUUGUGAAUGCGCAGGGUGAUUUAAUCAAACCAGACAAACCAAAUGGAAUUAAAAUGGAAAAAUUUGUCUUUGACAUCUUCCAGUUUUCCAAGACCUUUGUUGUUUUUGAAGUUUUGAGGGAGGAUGAGUUCUCCCCACUGAAGAAUGCUGACAGUCAGGAUGGAAAGGACACACCCACCACAGCCAAACAUGCCCUCCUGUCGCUCCAUCACCGCUGGGUGCUCAACGCUGGAGGCCACUUCAUCGACGAGAAUGGCACACGUGUCCCUGCCAUACCCAGAGACGGAGCAGCAGCCAGUGUCACAGAUGAUGGCAACAGAAACUUGAAGGACGGAACUGACCUGCCAAUCAAAUGUGAGAUCUCCCCUCUGGUGUCCUAUGGGGGAGAGGGCCUUGAAGAGCUGGUGAAAGGACGAGAGUUUCGUCCAACACUGAUGAUCGACGAGCUCGGAGUGCACGAGUUGGUGAAGAACGGAGUUUAGACAAAUUUGAAAGUGGGCAAGAGAGAGAGAAAAUCCAAAGACCAACCUUCCUUUGUGUCUUUUUUACGUUUGCAGGAGAACCUGUAAUAUCAUCUCUGUGAAAUAAUAAAUGUCGAUAUCAAGUGACAUGAAAACAUGUCAUCCGUAAAGGAAUGACUUGAGUAAAAUGAAGUGUAUUGUUUACAGCAUUGAGUUUUCUGUAUGUGUCAAUGUUAUUCUCUGUCCUACUUGUUUUGCGGAACACUUGAACACAGCAUGAAAUGAAGGAAAAAAAUCCCGUCAGCCAGACGGGAUGACGCAGUCGUCAGGGGCAUCUAUUUGUUUUGCUUAUAAGACUUAUUUUUUUAUGUUUACUUAAGGUGUAAAUUACCAUCUACUCAUUUAAUCUGAUAAUUUUUAUACAGUACUAGACUAACAUGAAAUUACAGUACAGCAAUUUUUUACUACCAUGUAAUCACGGUACAUGGUUAUGGGCUGGGGUAUUUAUAAUAUUUGCUUCUUCACUUGUGAUCACAAAAGAUGAAAUAGUCGGCUUUAAGAAUAUAGGGAUGCUUUCUAUCCUUUUUAUUAAAAACAUUUCCCACAACAUA